UCCAGCCCUACCACCCGUCCCGGACCCAUCAGCCUCCGCCUGUCACUGAACUAUUAAAAGGAACAGUAGAGAGAAGAGAUCAGAACUGAACCAGAACUCAGUUAAAAGGCAGCAGCGUGGAUAAGAACAUUACAGAGGAGGUGAAAAUCUGCUGAACAAAGGAUAAAACAAGAGGCCGACAGCGCUCGAAGUGUCGCAGCCAUGAGGCAGCACAUCAGAAUUAACAUCAAGAYCCUGAUUUUUAUGAUGGUUCUGCAGGGAGCUGCAGUUCUGCUGUUCUCCAACUGGAGCACGCAACCAAAGACUCUGAGCCCCACCGAAUCUGAACGUAAAGUUCACGUUCUGCUGCUCUCAUCAUGGCGUUCAGGUUCGUCCUUCCUGGGUCAGGUUUUCAGUCAGCACCCRUCUGUUUUCUAUCUAAUGGAGCCCGGCUGGCACGUGUGGACCCGAGUGCAGAAACCCAGGGCCCGGCUCCUCCGAAUGGCUGUGAGAGAUGUACUGCGAAGUCUGUACCAGUGUGAUUUCUCAGUGAUGGAUUCYUAUCUUCCAGAAAACCCUCGUGUGUCCUCUUUGUUCAUGUGGACUGAAAGUCGGGCUCUGUGCUCGCCUCCGGCCUGUCCCAUCACAGCAAGAAAUCAGACUCAGUGUAGUCAGAAAUGUAAUUUUCAAGGUUUCCAAAAGGUAGCUGCUUCCUGUAGCUCACACAGUCAUGUGGUGUUUAAGGAAACUCGACUUUUUGAGCUGGAAUCCCUUUACCCMCUUCUGAAAGACCCCUACCUGGACCUCCGCAUUGUUCACCUGGUCCGGGAUCCCCGUGCCAUACUUAGGUCUAGAGAGGAGUCAGCCAGAUCWUUGUGGUUUGAUAACUUUGUGGUCAUGGAUCAGAAAAAUAUACCUGCAGCUGAGCUGCAGUUUAAAGUUAUGCAGGAAAUCUGCCGCAGCCAUUUGCAGAUCCGUAAAACGGCCAUCCUGAAUCCUCCUCCUUUUCUGAAAGGGCGCUACAAAAUAGUUCGCUUUGAGGACCUGGCACACAACCCACUGAAAGAAGUCAAUGAUAUUUAUGAGUUUGUAGGUUUAAAGAUGACCAGUCAGAUGGAGAAGUAUAUCCACAAGCAGACUCAUGGUGAGGGGAGAGGAAAAAAGACCCAGGCUUUUGAAACCAUUUCCAGAAAUGCUACCCUUGUGUCUCAGGCGUGGCGCACCAUGCUGCCGUUCUACAAGGUCAAACAUGUGCAGGAAGUGUGUAAGGAGGCCAUGGAGCUGUUCGGGUACAAGACCGUCAGGACUGUAAAGGAGCAGAAAAACCAGAAAAUAGAUCUGCUAGUCCCACAGGAACCGUAUGACUUUAUGUGGGAACCAACUAAAACAAAGUAGAGUGGUAGUUCAAAUGUGAAUAACAAAAGCUUCUGCAGAUCUGCCUCCAGGAUCAGCUGUGUUGUGUCAUGUCAUGUUGACGGUUAUAACACAGACGUAUGGCAAACAGACACAAAACAGAUCAGUUCCUAAACCUUUUCUUUCAUAAACAAAGCUUGUUGUUGCAAUAUAAACACAUUUGUAGUGUUUGAUCCAGGAUCUUUUUAAACACGUUAAGUGAGUUUUGUUUACAGAAGAAUAAUGUGAUGAAUCUAUGAAAACAAUAGAAAAUUUACAGGUGCUUAUGACAUUGCUGAGAAAGAUAAAUUGUUCUUUUGUUCUAUUUGUGUUCAGUUCCAUAACAAGGUGCAGCUUCCUCUUUGACUCUGACAUAACUUAAUGCUGUUUUUCUGAKAAAUAUUUUUACAGGCCGAUAUUGUGCAAUAACUUGACGUUUGCCUGAGGUGAAUGAUCAGACUGAGUCAGGAUGUUUGAUUUAGACUUACAGCUGGAACGGUCAUAUGAAGAAAUAGCCUGAACUCCUCCAACAGCAACCUUUGAAACCUAUGAAAUUAUUAAGUACGGUAUUUGUCUGGCCAAUAAUGCAUGAACAUUGUAAACACGUUGUCUUUGUAAAAAUAUUUAUUUUUAUUUCUAAUAGAGAUGUCAAGAAAAUCUGAUACAAAAAUGACAUUAACCCAAGUCUUUGUAUGCAGCAAAGCAAAUAUUUUUUCUGCUGUUUGCACAUAAUCUGAUUUAUUAUAAAUAAAUUCUCCUCCAGAUGUUACAUCUCCAUAUUUUUAUUUUGUUGCCCUUGUGCCAACAUUUUCCAAUUUGCUGUUUAGGCAAGAUUGAUGAAAUGGCCUUAAUUUUUAAAACAAUUGAACUUAUUUUAA